UCCCGCUCCAUGUUCGUGGCCCUCCUGGGGCUGGGGCUGGGCCAGGUCGUCUGCAGCGUGGCUCUGUUCUUGUACUUCCGAGCGCAGAUGUAUCCUAAUAGAAUAUCAGAAGACAGCACUCACUGCAUUUAUAGAAUUUUGAGACUCCAUGAAAAUGCAGAUCUGCAAGACACAACUCUAGAGAAUGAAGAGACAAAAUUAAUACCUGACUCAUGCAGGAGAGUUAAACAGGCCUUUCAAGGAGCUGUGCAAAAGGAAUUACAACAUAUUGUUGGGUCACAACACAUCCGAGCAGAGAAAGCUACAGUGGAAAGUUCAUGGUUUGAUCUGGCCAAGAGAGGCAAACUGGAAGUUCAACCUUUUGCUCAUCUCACUAUUAAUGCCACCAACAUGCCAUCAGGUUCCCAUAAAGUGAGUCUCUCCUCUUGGUACCAUGACCGGGGUUGGGCCAAGAUCUCCAAUAUGACUUUGAGCAAUGGAAAACUAAUGGUUAACCAAGAUGGCUUUUAUUACCUUUAUGCCAACAUUUGCUUUCGACAUCACGAAACAUCAGGAGGCUUAGCUACAAAAUAUCUUCAGCUAAUGGUGUAUGUCACAAAAACCAGCGUAAAAAUUCCAAGUUCUCAUACGCUGAUGAAAGGAGGAAGCACUAAAUACUGGUCAGGGGAUUCUGAAUUCCAUUUUUAUUCCAUAAAUGUUGGCGGAUUUUUUAAACUCCGAUCUGGUGAAGAAAUAAGCAUUGAGGUAUCCAAUCCUUCACUGCUGGAUCCAGAUCAAGACGCAACGUACUUUGGGGCUUUUAAAGUUCGCGAUAUAGAUUGA